CCAUGCUGCCUCUGAUAGCUCCGCCCUCUGUCGGGUCUCCGUUGUCGGCCACAUCGAACCACCGACGUCGACUUUGUGUCGAUGCUUCGAAACCACAACCAACGCUGCCAUCCUUGGCCCUCCACGGCCUGCCAUCCCCGCGACCCCUUCCCAAACUACACAUGAAGCCCCACCUCGACCCCGACUUUCUUCCCAUGACAAAGGAUCUCCAUGGACCGAAACCCGAUCGAUUUCGCGUCAACCUCGACAAUUGCCACGCGCCCGAACUCGUGGCCGAGGGAUUUGGCGCCAUGCUGUCUGCCAUUCGUGCGAGCAUGGCUCGUAUCGACGCCACCUCGGCUAUAUUUCGCGCCGAGGUCCGCUCAACGAUUGCUGCUGCUGCCAUGCAACACCCGCAUUAGAUGAACGAAGCGCACGAAGUUGCUGCGUACAUCUGCCGCGUUCGCGAGGCAGCCAACAACCAGGUCGACGAGAUGCUCGCGACGAGCGCCGUCACGAUUCAGCGCAUGUAUCGGGGUAGCCUCGGUCGACAAGUCUAUCGGGGCAUGCGCCGAAUGAAGGCAGCGAUCCAACUGCAACGGAUCGCUCGAGGGCGGAUCGGUCGGCGGGCGUACGUAACCAAGAAGCUCCAAACGACUGUCGCCAGCGCGGUCCUGGGGCUUCGUUCUUUGCACAAAACCCAGCACAGUCACGGCUGCAACGACGAACGCGCGAACCAGUCCCGACGCCUCGACAACAACUCGACGUCGCUGCUCCACCUAAUCAAGGCGUCCAUUGCAAUUCAGACCAAGUGGCGGGUUGCGUACAACAAAGUGCGGCGCAACGUCGGCGAUAUCCAGACCGUGCAGGCUCGCGCACGUCGCCUCAACCGCGUGCUGGUUCAAGUGAGCUGGCAGGUCGCCACGAUGCUGGGCAUCCUGCGGUUUUGGCGCAAGGCGACUGCACUCCACCUGGUGAGCAAACCCGCGGCCCUCGUUCGCCGGCGAAGUUCGAUCGAGGCGGCGAUCCACUCCCGCCGCAGCAUCGCUGCCAUGACGUCCCCCCGCAACGACUCCGACCAACACAUUGAGCACGUGAUUGACCACGUGUCGUUCUUUGCCCAAAACCCCAAGGUGUGGUACACUCGCCAUGCCGAGUGCGAGGCAGGGAACGCACUGCCGGCCGUGGCGACCUUUCAUUCUUCAUUGCCCCCUCCAACGCUCUCGCCUUCCAACGCGCCAGGCAAGACAAACGUUGUCCUGCUGGGCAACACGAAAGCGCGGUCAUCGUCGCUCCCGCUCACGGCGGCGCAGCGACGCACGUCCUUUUUUGGCCUUGUUCCGACUGCGACGAGCAAGCCCCCCGACAACUCGACUGAACGCACUGCUGCUAAAAUGAAAGCCAAACCCAGCCGUGGCGCCAUACCCAUCGCUGCGGCAAAGACUUCCCCCGACUCCUCCAUGCGUCAACGACCUGCAUUCUACGACGCAAAGCGCAGACCCGACGACGUGAAACGGACCGGGGGGAGCCAGACGGCUUCGUGUGCCGCGUACCACGAAGAAGGACUGCGCCAAAAAGCGGAGCGGCAGCGGCAGUUGGAGAUGAAGGUCGAGCAGCGACGGCAUCAACGGGUUCGCAGAGAGCAGCGCCAUCGCUUUCCACCGUCGCGACGCAAACGAGCGUCGCAGGCCAGCCUCGAGCUGGCACGAGCGCAAGUGGCCCAAGCCAUCGAAGCCACCGCAAGUGUUGGUGCAUCCAGUGUCCCGACUACACCAGAGUCGUGGGUCCGUGCUGCGGUGGCCAUCGCGAUGCAAAACGUAUUGAAAAUCCAGCGAGGGGGACCAAGUCCAGCCUAGACGGGCCACGUCACUGUAAAGCCAGCGAACAACUACCGUGGGGUUGCGUGGCAAGCAAUGCAGGUCGACAGUCGGCGUGCGUCAAGAUCGUCCCGAUCGAUGUGGCAAGCAGUAUAGGCAACCUAGUUCGAGCUGCGGGGAGCUACAGCAGAGGCAGGACAGUGGCAACGCGCGAUCAGCGAUCUGGAGCGCCUGCAAACCGAAUGUGGCGACGAUGCCCCACACGAAUAAUGAAAUAUAUCUAGCCCUCGACGAGUUCAGCCAUUCCCCACCGGCGAACGCCACGCGGUCCCCGGCCAUGCCCGGAGAAGACUCGAGGCGCCGC